AUGACUGCCGCUCCCACGAUACUCGAGGCCCGCUGUGAUGUGUGGACGUGCGGAGGGAGCAUUCCCGACGUCCCGCUCGAGGAGGUCGAGUACAUUCUCAACCACCCGGGGAUGAACGGCUACACGGGCCAGCCUGAGCGCAUCGUCUCCAUGGCGCGGUUCAUGGUGACGAUAGCCAACGAAUUCCUCAUGUGCUAUCUCACAGCUCUGGGAUGUCUAGACCUCGCCGUGCACAUUGACCCCAACGCAGCCGAUGCCGUGACACACUGUCUGGCUUAUGUGAGUCCGUGCCAGUGGGGUCCCGCCAAGUUUGUCAUCGACGGGUGCAUCCAGAACCUGCCCCAGGACAGGAUCCGACUUCGAGCGGCGGUCACUCGCGGACUCGUGCCGCGGACAGAGCUCGCCGAGUUCGACACCUGGCAUGCCCGUGCCAAAGCCGCAAAGGCAACAUUCGACUGGGUUCUAAAGCGCUUGGAGCGGUGCGGGCGCCGCGUCACCCCCGGCGUGGGCUUCGACGGCGAGGCCCUUGAUAGGCUCACAGAGGGCCGCAUCGUUGCAACAAUGCUAAACCUCGACCUCGACCAGAAACGCUGCUUGGAGCGCAUGGAGGAGGCUUGGAGCAAGAACAUCGAGCGAGAAGAGGCUAGGCAGCACCAGUGUGUCCUCAUGUAG